AUGUCCCGACUUGCGGAUUAUUUUGUUAUCGUUGGAUACGACCACGAAAAAGAAAGGACUGAAACACGGAGUGGUAAAAUCCUGCAGAGGUUCCCGGAGAAAGACUGGCCGGACACACCGUUCAUCGAGGGAAUAGAAUGGUUUUGUCAGCCACUAGGAUGGGCACUAUCAACAGAACGACAAGAGCCUCGGUUUUUCGUUUCAGUUCUUACCGAUAUCGACGCAAAUCGACAUUAUUGUGCAUGUUUGUGCUUUAAUGAGACAGUUGCGAUAACACCCAGCAAACCCGUGGACGAAGAUGAGGAAAACCUAACACCAGCACGCAUAACGUCCCUUAGCUCACAGGCUACAAUAACACACCACAGUGUCAUGUAUGCUCCUAAAUGUUUAGUUUUAGUUUCAAGGUUGGACUACACUGAAACUUUUCGGAAUUGCCUGGGGACCAUCUACACUGUGUACAUUGAAAACUUGCCAUAUGCUCUAGAAACAUUAAUCGGUAAUAUAUUAGGUUGCAUUCAAGUUCCACCAUCUGGAGGCCCUCAAGUUAGAUUUUCCAUUGGAGCAAGUGAUAAGCAGGCGCUUCAACCACCGUUGUCUGCCUCUCUGCCGGUAACAGGAACUUGUGUUAGUUUUUUAUUCAGACAAUUAGGAAUAAAAAAUGUGUUGCUCCUGUUUUGUGCUGUUAUGACCGAACAUAAAAUUCUUUUCCACUCGAAAAGCUAUUUUCGAUUGACGGAAAGUUGUAGAGCGCUCACGGCACUUAUGUAUCCAUUUCGUUACAGUCACGUCUAUAUACCCAUUCUCCCUGCGCCUCUAAUUGAAGUGCUUUCGACACCAACUCCAUUUAUCAUGGGCGUUCACAGCUCAUUGCAAAAUGAAAUCACCGAUGUCUAUGAUGUAAUUAUAGCGGAUAUUGAUGGCGGUUCGAUAUAUAUCCCCGAAAGUUUAGCUCCUCCCGUGGCCACAUUUCCAUCUCCUUUAUGGGAAACUACUCAAAUUGCAUUAACUCUGGUGCUACAACCAGAAUUAGCGCAAUCUGAUUUAGCAUUUGCCCCAAUAAAUAAUAAUCCGAAGGAGAUCCGUUCCCAGACUAUGAUUGAUAAGGAAAUUAGAGCAGUAUUUAUGAGGAUGUUUGCACAACUACUGCAAGGCUACCGAUCUUGUUUAACAUUAAUACGAAUCCACCCACGACCUGUUAUAACAUUCCAUAAAGCAGGGUUCCUGGGUGCCAGGGACUUGGUUGAUUGUGAAUUUUUAUCACGUGUUUUGGAUAGCAUGUUUUUUACUGGUUUUGUAACUGAACGAGGACCGCCAUGGCGCCCCUGUGAUGCUUGGGAUGAACUUUAUAGCUCAAUGAAUGAUCUGUUGAAAUCUGAAGCUCAAAGUGUCGGUUUGAUUUACAUACACAUACAGGAAUUAGCGCAAGUUUUGUACACAAAUGAAAACCCUAAUCCACAAGUCUACCCGCAGAAAGUCUUACGACCACCUGAAGGAGCAUUCGCUCGAAUACACCAGCCACCGAUGCCCCAUAUAGAUUCAGCGCAAGUUGAAGCUAUUAUUAAAGAGGGCUUAGCUAAGAAUGAUCUUCAAUCACGGUUUCAAACGAUCCGCAAUCCACUUCGCAUUGUUCCAAUGGGUCCACAUUUGCAAAGCAUCUCCGAUGGACGUCCAAUUGUAUUGAAUACUGCAAGACGAUUGGAGGUCCUGCGAAGCUGUGUAAAUUGUAUAUUUGAGAAUAAAAUCGCUGAUGCAAGGAAAAGUUUUCCUGCAGUUUUACGUAUGUUGAAACAACGAGAUGCUCGACUAACACUUUGCCGGGAACUCGCCCGAACAGUUCAUGGAAAUAAAGCUGUGCUAGACCACCAACCAUUUGAUUUAGUUGUCAAGUUAAUGAAUCGAGCACUUCAAGAUGAUUCUUCCAUGGAUGAACACGGAGUUGCUGCUUCACUUCUUCCACUUUCCACAGUCUUCUGUCGGAAGCUUUGUACGGGUGUCAUGCAAUUUGCUUACACUUGCAUUCAAGAUCAUCCUGUAUGGAAGAAUCAACAAUUUUGGGAGGGCGCUUUCUAUCAAGAUGUACAGACACAAAUUAAAGCACUCUAUUUGCCCCGGAUGCCAGCAGAAAAUUCAUCCUCCUGGUAUAACGAUGCCAACAAAUUAAGCCCAUCGUCGAGUCGGGAUAUGAGCGAUUUCCGUUCUUCAAUAAUUUCUCGUGUGCAGGAGCCGUCAGCUUUGGAGAUAGCUGCAGAACAAAUGAGGCUAUCCCCAUCUAUGGAAUCGGAAAAAUUACAGGAAUUUGUGAUAUCUGAAGAAUCUACCUUGUAUAGUCAAGCAAUUCAUUACGCCAACCGUAUGGUUGCGUUACUUAUUCCAAUGGAUGUGAAAGUUGGAGGAAGAUUUCAACGGACCGAUUACCAUUUGGAAGAUGAUACGAGCGUUUCGAACAGCGUCGUGGAAUCUCGAAGUCACAGUGAACAUUCCGAUGAAGGAUUUGAGGAAAGUGAUCCCGGUGAAACCGGCAAUGCUGUCGCAAAAAUGGUUUGCCGUUUCAUCGAUCGAGUGUGCACUGAAGGAAGCGUUACAGCAGAGCAUGUGCGCAAUUUGCACACAAUGGUUCCAGGUGUUGUACAUAUGCACAUAGAAACGUUGGAGGCGGUAGCGCGAGAAUCAAAACGUAUUCCACCCGUUCAAAAACCUAAAAUCCAGAGUCCAAGUCUAUUGACUGGUGAGGAAAUAUUGGGCGAACCACUGAGAGUUUAUUUGGUACCUGAUGGACGGGACGACAGUCCAAGUGUGUUACUACCAGCCGAGGGGGCUGUAUUCUUAACAAAUUAUAGAGUAGUUUUUCGAGGAUCGCCAUGCGAUCAAUUAGCUUGCGAACAAAGUAUUGUCCGAGCGUUUCCAGUUUCAUCAUUAACAAAGGAAAAACGAAUAUCUGAUAUUUAUCUGGGCCAUUUGGAUCAAACUAUUCCAGAAGGAUUGCAGUUGCGCUCAUGUACGUUUCAACUGAUCAAAAUCGCUUUUGAUGAAGAGGUGACUAUCGAAACUAUUGAAGCGUUCAGGAAGUUGUUGAAUAAAGCUCGCCAUCCUGCGAACGAAUUAGGCCAUUUUGCGUUUGUUUCACAUGGUAUUGUGGCGCACACUCCUUUACACAAAACUAAAGAAAAGAACGCAACUCUGAAAGGUUUCGCAAAGAAAACGCUCCUUCGAACAGCGAAAAAGGCAGGGUUCAAUAAGAAGGGCACGACGAAACGGAAAUAUGUUCUAUCUGGUAUCGACUUCGACGACGCAGCUUCCAAUGAUAUGAACGAAUACGAGGAAGGUUCCGAUGAAAAUGCCGAUACAAUGCCUCGUGUUACCCUCAAGGAUAUUGAAAGACUAAAGGAAAGAAGCUACGUGAAAGACUGGCAGCGGCUGGGAUUUGGCGAUAGUCAUUCGGGUUUUCGCAUUUCAACUGUAAACUGCAACUACAGUCUCUGUCGAACAUACUCUGCGAUCAUCGUUUCCCCCAAUCAAAUGUCAGAUGAGUCGUUGAAAAGUUUGAGUCGCUGCUAUAAGAACCAAAGAAUUCCGUUGGCAACAUGGCGGCACAGAUCGGGUGCAAUAUUACUACGAGGUGCCGUUCCGUAUCCGAAAGGUGUUAUUGGAAUGCUUAAGGGUCAUCCAGGAUCCACAAAUACUUCAACUGAUUCGACUGGGCAUCAGGAUCAGGACAGAUAUUUGAUUGCUGUGAUAGAUAGUAUGCCUAACACGAUGACGAUGCGUAAUCCUUUUGGUCUCUCAGAUUCUACAUUGUCGAUAAAUUCUCUUCUGUUGGCUGCAGAUGACCAUCAGUUGUCGGUUAGAUCGGAUUUAUCGACGUUAACACCAGAUGUCAGUAGAAAAUCAAACACCGGGUUCCAUACUGUCAAGUCUUUCUCGAAUUUCACGGGUCGACCUUCAGGAGCAAAAAGUAGCAAAUGGGGGUCACUGAAACCGAAUAGUAGUCAAAAUAUAGGACGAGAUGAACGUGAUAAUCAUCAAUAUGUCUUCCACCGAGUACCGAUGUAUAUAUUAGGCGAGAAAUCUCAAUCGAAGUCCGCCAGACUAUCUGAGUUGGGUGCGGAAUUCAUUCCUGUCGACUAUACAGACAUUCGACACUCCAGAAUUGCAUUUAAGAAGCUAAUGCGCGCUUGUCUUCCAUCGUCGUUAAGCACAGAACCAGAUCAAAGUUUUGCGAAGCUGCUGGAACAAUCAGAUUGGCUGCAACAAAUACGUGGGCUUUUACAGCUAUCAGGAGCAGUAGUUGAUCUUAUCGACUUGCAAGGAUCCAGCGUUACCUUAGCAUUUGAAGAUGGAUGGGAUGUUACGGCACAGGUGUCAUCUCUAGCGCAACUAUGUUUGGAUCCGUACUAUAGAACAAUCGAAGGAUUCCGUGUUCUGAUUGAAAAGGAGUGGCUGGCUUUCGGACACCGCUUUGCGCACAGAAGCAACCUCAAACCGAACAGUAGCUCAAGUUCUCCAUUCGCUCCAACUUUUCUUCAAUUUCUAGAUGCUGUUUUCCAAAUCCAAACGCAAUUUCCGCUUGCGUUCGAAUUUAAUGAAUUUUAUCUACGCUUUUUAGCAUAUCAUAGUGUAUCUUGUCGUUUCCGCACAUUUCUAUUUGACUGUGAACUAGAACGUUUCGACUUAGGAAUAGCAACCAUAGAAGAUAAGCGUGGGUCGUUAAAUUCUCGACACGUUGUGGAGACUGGAACUGGAUCGGAUGAUGAUAUCUACCCGGGAGGACUGCGUAAUUCGAGUACAAAUGCUCAAAAGAUUGGACAUUCUGUUUUUGAUUAUAUCGAGCGACAGAAUGCAAAAUCGCCAAUAUUUUUUAAUUUUAUGUAUUCCCCGGACCCAGAUCGUUUAGUGUUGAGACCUCAGAGCUCGGUUGCCGUUUUGGAACUGUGGCGAUUUUAUAUCGAUGAGGAAUUAGCACAAGGUCCACCGUACGAUCCUGAACUCGUCGGGAACGAUAGCUUAGAAGACGAAGCAGAAUACAAUGAGAAGCAACCGAAAAGGAAAGUGGUGGCAGUAGGUUACGAUAGCAUAGAAAAAUGUGAUCCGAAUGCAUUUACUAGAUUGUUAGAUGAACUGAAGCAAGCAGAAGCUGAACGCGGAUUGCUACCACAGAAAUGGAGGCAAGUAUGGGACAAACUUGAACUGCCGCAUUCAGAUUCCCUCGCUCGACACUCCUCGUUCAGUAGUGCUCUGGUCAGAUCUCAUGGACGAUUACUACAUAAACGAUCCACCCUGGAGAUAUUAAUGAGGGGGCGGUUAGCGGGCUACCACCAAGAAAGUUUCUCGCAUCCACAUCGUUUCGAGAAGCAUUCAUACACAACGCCAACCAAUUGCAACCAUUGCGAUAAAUUACUUUGGGGUCCUAUUGGCAUUCGAUGCAUGGAUUGUGGAAAUUCGUAUCAUGAAAAAUGUGCCGAUUCGGUUCCGAAGAAUUGUACAAAGUACAAAUCAGUCGAGGGUGUGCCGCCAACAUUAACUAGGUCACAAGGUGACAAUGGUAGCAUAGCUUCAAGCGCAACUACAGGGCAAACAUCCAAUCAACAUUUUUAUGAACAAUUCAGCAGUAAUGUGGCAGAAAAUCGAACGCACGAAGGCCACCUCUACAAACGGGGGGCAUUGCUGAAAGGAUGGAAGCAACGAUGGUUUGUACUUGAUUCAAUCAAACAUCAGCUGCGUUAUUACGAUGCUGUAGAAGACUCGAACUGCAAAGGAUUUGUUGAUCUCGUAGAUGUCCAGUCAGUGACUCCAGCGCCACCAGCUGCUGUUGGGACGAAAAAAGUAGAUGAAAAAGCAUUUUUUGAUCUUAAAACAAGUCGUCGAACGUACAAUUUCUAUGCUCUUAAUGCAGCUUUAGCUCAGGAAUGGAUCGAGAAGAUCCAAGCAAGUCUGCAAUAGAAACAAUACAAAUCGAUAGAAACGUUAGAUAUAAACUACCACAUAUGCAAUAUCAUAUUCCAUAAUAUUAUAUAAAAUUCAUAUAAUCGCAAUUGAAUGCAAUUCACAUUUUUUUAAAUUCAUUUAUUGUGGAAACAAUAGAGUCGCGAAAUUUUAUAUUGACUAUUUAUAUAUUGAAGUACAGUGAGAAAAAUAUCAAAAAAGUUGGAAGGAAAAUAAAUAACAGUGAAAUAUCAAUGUCAGUGUAUUACUAGUAUUUAUUAUCAAUAUUUCAGUGUAAAACCAAAACUGUGCAUAUUAUGUAUUCAUUUAUAGAAAUGUUAUUAGGAAAGAGAAAGCAAAGCAACUUUCAAACUUAGAAUACAUUUUUUUUAAUAUUUUCAAGCAAAUGAAAUAUCGCAGCAAAUGUGUUACAUAUGCUAUCAAAAAUAAUGUUAUAAAUGUUAUUUAUUAUACGAUUAAAAGAAUAAAUAGGUAGAUCUUUUUAAAAUAAAAACUUCAA